UAUUUUAUAUUUGCAGUCUUAAACUUUAAGUAGAUACAGCUUUAAAAAAAUAUAUAGAUUUGUUUUGAAAAUCCCACCCCUUUCCGCUUUUACUUUGAGCGUCGCCCUUUGACGCUCUUCCGGUUGAAGCUAUGCGUGGUGCGCGUGUGCGCGUUAUAUGUGUCUGCUCGGGGAUUCCCCCGCUUGACUAAAACAGCUCGGAGCGCUCGCUGUAACCGGAUAUCGCGACGUCGAGCGGCCGCUUCUCCGGUUUUGAGCUCGAUUCGAACCCUCUUCGCGACGCCUUGGAGUUACUGCCAACACAUUUAAAACAUAUACAUUCAUAUCCGCAAGCGGCUGGAAGUGAAGGGCUGCCGCUGUGAGGCAGCGGGCUACCGGUGAGUUGGCAUGAGACGAAGCCGCACGUUCCUCUGCUUUUACAACGCAGCGGGGGUUUCCUCGGGUGUCGGCAGGCUGUCCUCUGGGGUCCGGUCACAUCACUGAGAAACCGAGCGGGCGACAACCACCUCAAAUCCCCCCCCCACCCCCACCUCCACCCUCCCGGUAGUGGCCCUCGAAGCCCCGCGGAGGACGGGUAAGGAGGGAGUGUGGGGGGUGAGAGGGAACAUCCAGAAAACCAGCGACGCCACCAUGGCGAGCGACGACCGUCGGAAAGAUGAGCUGCUGGAGGACAGCCGCGCGGACUCGGGCGUCGACUCGUAUCGCUCGUCGCUGAAGUCGGAGGAGCCCCGGGAGCCGAGCGCCGACUUCAGCGGGCCGAGGGACAAGUUCACCGCCGUGGAGGAGCGCCUGGACUCCGCCUACGGCUCCUCGUCCCUCACGGUGGAGAGUCUCUCGGAGAUAGUCGGGGGCUGCAUGCUUUCCGGCGCGCAAGAGGAGCAGGCGCGGAGCUCCGAACUCACCGAAAGGGAGGAGAACUUGCUCACAACUAUCACUGAAGAUGGAGACACAAUCCUGCACUUAGCAAUCAUCCACGAAGACAGAUUCAUUGCUCAACAGUUGAUGCAGAUAUUCCCACAAGACGUGCUGAACAUCCAAAACAACUUAUACCAGAGCCCUUUGCACCUGGCCACCUACCUGAACCUGGCCGACGUGGUGAAGGGCCUGGUGGAGAAAGGGGCCAGUUUGGAGCUGCAGGACCAGGAGGGCAACACGGCGCUCCACGUGGCCUGCCAGCACGGCCAGACCGAGUGCGCCGCUGAAAUGACCAGAGAGGUUUCGCCCAGCAAACUGGUGCCGGUCCUCGAGACCCAGAACUGGAGAGGUCUUGCCUGUCUUCACUUGGCUGCACUCCACAGGCAACAUCAGAUUAUGAAGCUCCUGGUGAAGAAGGGAGCAGACUUGAAUAUCCAGGAAGGUACAAGUGGAAAAACGGCUCUUCAUCUCGCCGCUGAGCUACACGACAUCACGUCAGUGAAGCUGCUGCUCAGCAGGGGAGCCAAUGUGGAUGCCGCCAUGUUUAACGGCUGCACGCCCCUGCAUCUCGCAGUGGGGAGACAGGACGCCGCCAUCGCCCACCUCCUCUGCCAGUCUGGCGCCGACACAAUGCUGCGGAACAUGGAGGACGAAACGGCGCUGGAUCUAGCAGACGGCAAUGAUGACAUCCUGGCUCUAUUUCCCUUUGAUGACAUCCAGAUCUCCGGGAGGUCGGUGGUCAGCGUGAAGUUUUGAGCAGGAUCAUAAGGCUUAAAAAGAAUCUUGACAUUUUCUCGAGCUUCCCUGUGGUGGAAACCUUUUGCUUUUUAAAAAGAAAAAAGAAAAAAAAUAUAGCUACAUUUGAGUUUCAUUUAAUAGUUUCUCUUUUUGUAGCCCAUCCUGAUUUGAUUUGUAUUGAUCAAUUAUCUAGACAAAUGUGUGCACAUAUUAAUCACACUUUCCUCUGAAAAAGAGUGGUUCUGCUUAAUUGAACACUGAAAAAAAUCAAUAAUUCUGAGUGAUUUUUCAUUUUUUUCUGCUUGUUUCCGCAUGCUUUUGGAGGGUUUGAAACUAAAGCCAAGUGUGUUGGAGCACCAAACUGGCAACAUGUUUAUUGUCCAUCAAAAUUCUACCUCUUAAUCACGUUAACCUAGUUUUAAUGGCCAGUUUUUGAUUCAUUAAAAUGGCUAAUUUAAUUUCGCUGGCUUCUAUUGUUGCCAAUGGAAAACCCUUUGUUGAACAAAAUGUACGUUCCAUUUACUAAAUGUAAAACUAUCUUUCCCAAAAAGACUUGCAAUCCUAAGACAAACUAGUCACAUUGUGCUAUUUAUAAGAAAACUGGUAGCCCCAAUGCCAAUGUAAUAUAUGACACAAAACGCAGUUUCUUCCUUUUGAUUUUUUUUUAGGUUUGCCACUUCAUGUUGUGAAGUGGUUUUCUCUAUUUAUCUCAUCUAGUCUUUAAUCUGCAAAAACUUUUCAUUUACUUGGUGUGUAAAUUACACUGCUGUGUUUAGUUAAUAUAAGUAGUUUGUUUAUUUUGUAAUAAAAAGAGGGGGAAAAACUCA